CACGGCGGAGCGGUGGCCAAGCACAACGUUAGCAGCAAUAUCAAGAAGAUGGUCGAGGAACAGACCAGGAACAACAGGUUGAGCAAGCCGCUGAAGAUCGCCCAGAGCAGAGGGAUCUACAGCUUCGACGUGGACGCCAGGACGCUCUGCCCAUUGGACGGAGUCGACGGAGAAGAAGCCGCAGGAGUUCAACAAGAACCAGAGGAGAGCGAGGAUGUUCGGAUACCAAAGGCCAAGAUGGAGAGGUACACGCCGACCGCGGAGGAGAUUGCUAUCCACGAGAAGACGCGCGCGCCGCACGAGGACUGGUGCGAAUGCCGUCUGCGGGGACGCGGCAAGGACGGAGUCCGCAGGAAGACGAACCGAGGGGAGGACGCGGCGGCAUCCAUCAUGCUGAUCGACAAGGGGCCCAGCGAGCACGUCCAUUCAACGGCGGGUUUCUACUUAGACGUCCAGGGAGCAGUGGACAUCAUCUCGAAGGGCGACCAGGAGCCAUCAUUGCAGGCGGCAAUCACGGCGGCGAAGAACAGGGGGAAGAACAGCACGCAGGCGGAGAUGUCACCCAAACGAUCUCACCAGAGCAAUGGGGCGAUCGAGAAUGCGGUGGAGCGAGUGGAGUCGUUACUACGGACGUCACACAGCAAGCUGGAGUUCCAUCUGACGGCGAAGAUCGGCCCGAAGAGCUGGAUCACGCCACGGUUGACCAG